AUGUUCCCUCGAUCUAUCGCUCAGUCCAGCGCCAGGGCCGCCAGGUCGCUCGCGCUUCGCUCGGGCUCGGUGCGCAUGGUGACGCCCGCCGUCGCGCGCAGGACGCUCAUCACCGCCACCGCCCAAAAGUCGCUCGCCAUCGCCGCGCACAACAUGACCUCCCUCCCCGCCCAGAGGAACUUCUCGUCGUCGGCCAGCCGCAAGGAGAUCGUCAAGGUGCCCCAGAUGGCCGAGUCCAUCACCGAGGGCACGCUCAAGCAGUGGAACAAGAAGGUCGGCGACUUUGUCCAGGCCGACGAGGAGGUCGCCACCAUCGAGACCGACAAGAUCGACGUCUCGGUGAAUGCACCCCAGUCCGGCACCAUCGUCGAGGUGUUUGCCAACGAGGAGGACACGGUGGAGGUGGGCAAGGACCUCUUUAAGCUCGAGCCCGGUGAGGCACCCGCCGGUGGCGCCAAGAAGGAGGAGAAGAGCGAGGAGAAGAAGGAAGACAAGAAGGAGGACAAGCCCAAGAAGGAGGAGUCCAAGCAGCAGCAGCAGCCCGAGAAGAAGGGUGACGACAAGAAGCCCGCCCCGGCCGCCGAGCCCGAGUCGCGCCCUUCGGCUGCCAACUCGACGCCGCCCCCGUCGAAGCCGUCUUCGUCAUCGUCGUCUUCGUCGUCCAAAUCGUCAUCGUCGUCCGGCUCGUCGUCGUCGUCGUCGGCGCCAAAACCGGCGGCGGGCAGCCGAGAGGAGAACCGGGUCAAGAUGUCGCGCAUGCGUCUGAGGAUCGCGGAGCGUCUGAAGCAGUCGCAGAACACGGCGGCGUCGCUGACGACGUUCAACGAGAUCGACAUGUCGAACCUCAUGGCGUUCCGUGCGCGCCACAAGGACCGCAUCCUCAAGGAGAAGGGCGUCAAGCUGGGCUUCAUGUCGGCAUUCGCCAAGGCGUCGGCCAUGGCGCUCAAGGACGUGCCUGCUGCGAAUGCGAGCAUCGAGGGCGCUGGACUCGGCGACACGAUCGUGUACCGCGACUAUGUGGAUCUGUCGGUGGCCGUGUCGACGGACAAGGGACUGGUGACGCCCGUGGUGCGCAACCUGGAGGGCAUGUCGCUCAUCGAGAUCGAGGAGGCGAUUGCAGGUCUGGGCAAGAAGGCGCGCGACAACAAGCUCACGCUCGAGGACAUGAGCGGCGGCACGUUCACCAUCAGCAACGGCGGCGUCUUUGGCUCGCUCUUCGGCACGCCCAUCCUCAAUCUGCCUGGUUCGGCUAUCUUGGGCAUGCACGCCGUCAAGGACAAGGCGUGGGUGGUGAACGGCAAGGUCGAGAUCCGACCCAUCAUGGUCGUGGCGCUCACCUACGACCACCGUCUGCUCGACGGUCGCGAGGCGGUGACGUUCCUCGUGAAGCUCAAGCAGUACAUCGAGGACAUGCCCAGCAUGCUUCUCUAG